UGGUUGGAGUGUUGGAGCCCAGGGCUGGCUUCCCUGCUCAGCCACGGAAAGCCCCUGAGUGCCCUUGGGCGGGUCACACUCUCUCAGCCUCCUCCUCCUCAGGGGAAGGCAGGGGCAAACCUCCUCUGAACAAAUCUGGCCAGGUAAACCCCAGGAGAAGUCCUUGCCUGAAAUGAGGUGAAGGCACACAACAAACAGCAACAACAAACCAGGGCUCUUUUUUUGGGCAGGAAAGUGAAGGAAAGAGGGGAAAGUAUUUUUGCAGGAGUAAAACUUUCCUGAUCUUUUCGUCCUGCGAUGGAGAAAACUCUUUCAAAGUUCCCUUUUGCAGUUCCUGAAGUUAGUCCAUUUUUCCCGCCGCAUCAAAGAAUGCUGGAGGGACCCAUUCUGUACUGGUUAAAGAGAGGGCUUUAACUGGUUUCUGGGUCUCCAUCCUCCCGUUCCAAAGGUUCAUAAGUAGAAGCCUCUCUGCUACAUACAAUCCUGACCUUCAGGUGGUGCCUUGAACAGGAUUCCUUCAAAAGAAAAGGGGGUAAAAAGAAGAAGGAAGAAACCAAGACAGAAGAGUUGCAAAUGUGUUUUAAAAUGUCCGUAGCAUUGCAAAAGAUACAUAUUUGGGGGUUGUUGGGGGUCUUUCAGGGUGGUGUGGUGAUUUGAGCAUUGGACUAUGACUCUGGAGACCUGGGUUCGAAUCUCCGCUCAGCCAUGGAAACCCACUUGGUGACCUUGGGAGAGCCUCUCAGUUGUGUUUGUAAAGGCAAACAUCCUCUGAACAAACAGUAACUUGAAGAGGGCACUGAACUGAGUGGAGAUUGUGUGCAGUUUGACCGAUCAAACUGUAUGUGUCCAUUUGUCUCCGCUGGCUGCCCAAAAGUCAGGGCUAGACGUCCAUUUGGACAUGCAACUACGAUUUUAAAAUGCCUUGGGAUUGAGGGUAACAAAGGAUGGUGUAGUCUGGUGUACAAAACAGAGGUGGCUGGACUUGAGAAGGAAAAUAAAGCUAUCAAGAUCCCCAGUGGAGGAAAAACACAAGUAGGAAGCGCUUUGGACACUCUGGGAGGGGUUCGGAUCUGCACUCCGGUGCUACUGCUGCCACCAUCUUAUGGUGUUCUGUGCCAGGAAGGAAGGGAAGGGCUUCCUUGGCACCUUCCUUUUCCCAAGGGCAUUGAAUGUACCCAGAAGCGAACCCUUCUUUCCAGGCAUUCCUCCACAGCUUGACACAGGUGCCAGCAUCACAGCUCAUCCAGGAAACAAGAGAGAGCACCUGGCAGAAGAAACAACAGUGUGAGGGCAUCUCCUGGGAAAGGCGGUGAUGCUGGGGUGCUCUUUUUGGGGCUCUGCACCCCCUACGCCAAUUGGGGAAAGGAAAGGAGCCUGGUGGCUUGAACUGCUCCUCUUGCUCCUGCUCAUCUUCUCAGGCUGGGUUUUGACUCAACAGCCUGUUGGUUGCCCCGAGCCUUGCGAGUGCUCUGAGGCAGCCAAGACAGUGAAGUGCAUCAAUAAGAACCUGACAGAGGUCCCACCAAACCUGCCUCACUACGUCCAGAACCUCUUUCUCACUGGCAACCACAUCCGGCACCUCGCAUCUGGCACCUUCCUCUCCGAGCUCCGGCUGGAGCUCAGCAGCGUCAACCUGAGCGGUAAUCAGCUGGAGCAAGUGGAUGCAGAGGCUUUUGCUGGACUGUCCAGCCUGAAGCGCCUGGACCUGAGUGACAACACUCUCAUCUGGAUCAGUCCUGAAGCCUUUGGCAAUGGCAGCAGCAGCCCUUUGGAGGAGCUAAAUCUGCGUAACUCCCUCUACAAUAACAGCAGGGUGGCAGCCAUUGCUGAGCUGCUCCAGAGGGGGACCUUCCUGAACUUGACCCACCUGUACCUGUCUGAUAACAACCUGGUUUACUUGCCAGCAGGCAUCUUCUCCAUGCUGCCCAACCUGCGGCAGCUGGACCUGCACAACAACUCCCUGGUGGGCUUGCAUAACGUCUCUUUCUGGGGUCUCCGCCAGCUGCAGAAUUUCAACCUUGGAGACAACUCCCUCAAGUGCCUGAGGAACAGCACCCUUGUGCAGCUCCGCAGCCUCCCCUGGCUCUCCAGCCUUAACCUCAGCCACAACACCUGGGUCUGUGACUGCAACAUCGAGGACAUGGUGAACUGGUUGAAGGAAAGUGACCAGGUGGAGGCCAAAGCGUCUCUCAAGUGCUCUUCUCCUGAGGAGAUGGAGAAUAGCUCCUUGGUGAGCCUUGAUUUCUCAGGCCUGAGCUGCCCCGAGCCAAUGGAUGACCAGGCUCAGCUGCAGACUUCUUACGUCUUCCUUGGCAUAGUUUUAGCCCUCAUUGGUGCCAUUUUCCUCCUGGUUUUAUACUUGAACCGAAAAGGGAUCAAAAAGUGGAUGUACAAUAUCAGGGAUGCCUGUAGAGACCACAUGGAGGGAUAUCACUACAGUUGAACGCUCUCAAGCUACGGCAACAUCUCUGUGCAUGUGAGGAAGGAAAAUAAGAUUGGGUAAGAGUACAUUUUCAAGCCCAUGCUUCUGAGUUCCUUUUUGUACAGCACAGAAGCAAGACUGGACUGUGUUGUUACUGCUGCUGUUGUUAUUGUUUUCACAAAGGAGCCCUUGACAGUGUCCUUGUCAGCAAUGAGGACUCUAACCUGCUUGACUGAAACAAUUAUUACUUGAUUGACACAAUAACCUGCCACUGUCACUGACCUAUUGUGUGACCUACUGUGUAGUGGAUGCAUUUGUAAUAUCUCUGAGCUUUGGCACAGAAUAAAAGAAAACUCUGCUUUUGUUUUUGUUUUACUUAUGUUUUUCAUUCAACUGUUAGAAGUUAUAACAUAUCUCCAUUUACUGAAGACUGAAUGGUAAAACAAUACAAGUGAGGAAUGUAACGUUGAGAAUUGAGAAUAAUGUUGCUGAAAGCAGUGGAGAAAGAGAGCACAGCCCAGGGUUUGGGAGACAACAUGAAGGGUCUGAAUUUGGAAGUUUACUUUUCUAGACUACAGCUAUCCAGAUCCACCAACCAGCAUGGCCAUGAUUGCUGCAGGAUUUGUAGAGCUGGUGUCUAAAAUAACUUUUCUAACCUCUGGGAAGGGUUCUGUUCUUUGUUUUCCCCUGUAACAGACUGCCUUGCCUUUUCAAUACUUCUGACCAAGCAAUCAGUGUAGACAUGGGAAUAAGAUUGUUUCAGAAGCACGUAGGUAUGAAUUUUGUGAGUAGCGGGUGCCAAAGAAAGUGUCCUGCUGAGAUGCAAGAGCAGCCUUUUCAGUCUGAAGAAGGGUUGAUCUCCCAGCCUGGUUAUGACAGUGCCACCAGUAUGUGAACUAGAGUGUUUUUGUGCUAACAGGCAAAUCAAAAUGAGAUCUUCUUCCAUCAGUAUCUUUUAUAUAUCCCUCCUCUGGUUCAGUUCCAUUGUCUAAUAUUCGCUCCUGUUACUAUUCAUCAUCUAACUCAAACUCCAAAUUGCCUCAAAAUCCAAAUUAGCUAUGUACAGAUUAUCUUGUUUUUGGUUAUCCAUUGUUGUGGUCUAGUCAGUGAUUUUCUAUAGUUUGUAUUUCAACUUCAGAAACCUUGUCUGUAUUUGAGUUGGAGUGCCAGGUUUAAUGUGCUGUCUCUCUCUCUCUCUCACUCGCUCUCUGUUCAUAUGUCUGCAAAUACAUGAAUUUAAUGUAUACAGACAAUAAGAGCAGCAGGUGUACCAGAACCUAGGAAGUGCUUUAAACUGUCUUCUGGAUAGGUCAGAUGUACUGUAGACUGACACUAGGCUUUCAGAAACAGAAGCCUUUGUGUGGCAUUUAGAAACUGAAUUUUGCAGCAUAAAGACAAUGUUGGAAGGCUUUCAAGAAGGAGUUAUGUCUUCAGUGGCCACAUUGAUUAUCCAAGACAAGUAUGCUCACAAAUAUUCUCACCUCAAUGAGAGGGAAUCUUGACCCACUGAGAUACCCUGUUAAAAAUAUGUUCAACCACUGAAAGAUGUUUCCCAAUUCAGGACUUCAAAGCACAAACACACACACACACACACACACCCUAUAUUUUUGUGUAGACAUUUUUGUGAAUGUUUGUGCAAAUAAAACCAGGCUGGGUCUUUGGCUUGGUAUAGAAAAAUGCCAGUAUGAGGAACAGGCUUUUUAUGAUCAGCUAUUCACUGGAAUCCUAUAAGACUUGUUACAUUAUGUAACUUUACUUAUGCCUAGCUAUGUAGCAGAGGCACUAAGAAACCCCUUUGCUGAAUUAUGAAGAUGCAUAGCAGAACACCACCACGAGCACCUGAUGUUCAAUAUUCAUCUCAGCAUGAUGUGCAUCAGUGUGCAAUGCAAAUCAUGGCACGAUCACAUCACAUAAUAAUGUGCAUCAUGCACGUAUGUGCAUUGGGCACUUUGCCAGCUCUGCUAUGUAGUAACAUAACAGCAGCCCUCUACUCCGUAUGGAUAUUACAUCAUGCAAGUGCACAAUUCUAGUCCCUGCAGAUGACAUAAGGUCCCAAUAUGAUUCUGGCAAUUGUUUUGAAAUGCACCCACCUUUAAAAGCAAAUUCUAGAAAAAGUGCUAUAAGUCAAGGUUUUACUGCUGUGCUCCCAUCUAACAACCUUUCAACACAUUUGGAUGAGAAAAAUCAUUAAUUCUUAAUUUUGUGCAACCCUAUGUGGGCUUAUUAUUCAAUGGGACUUACUUCUAAGUAGAUGUGCACUAGAUUGCAGCCUACCUGACAGAAAUAUUCAGUGUUUAAGAAUUGGUUUGGAUGUAGACUGGUGACGCUUAGACACACUGAAUGUAAAGGAGGUUAAGUUAGCCGUGGACUUAACUGAUAUCCCAUUGAUUUCAGUGUGUCUAGGUAUUACUAAACCUGGAUCCAAAUUAUUGUUGUGCUUGUUCUUUUCCCAAUUGUGUUGCAAUCUGCACACAAGUCUGCCAUGCUAGCCUCCUGUGGUUCCAUAGAAAUUGUACAGGUACCUCUUGAAUCACAAGCAAAAGACUCAUGGAAGAUAAGAUUGGCAAUGACUAUGAGCCAUGACAGCUAGAAAGAUAAGAUCCAAUGCCUGUGAGUCAUGACCAACUGGAGCAGGUCUCCUUUCAGGAUCAGCAGUAACAUGCAGUGGGAGAGAUCUAUUGCCCUCAUGUCUGUUUGUGGGCUUCCCAGAAACUUUUGAUCAGGACUGAGAAACAGAAUACUGGACUAUAUAACCUGGGAGUGGGGAUCUUGUGGGCCUCAAGAUGUUGGACUGAUAUUCCUAUCAGCUGUAGUCAGGGUAGCCAAUAAUGAAAGAUCAUGGCAUCUAUAGUCCAACAAAAUCUGGAAGGCCCCAUACAGAUUCCACCCUUGAGAUAGGCCUUAGGAUCUGUUCUAGCAGGACUCUUGUGUUCCUAACAUUAGAAGCAUUUGGUUCAAGUUCUCUAAUUUGUUAUCUUGAGUUGCAGUCUUCAGAUGUACUAUUUAGUGAAAAAAAUAUAAUUAAAAUCUUGGUAAUUAUUGGUUAAUCACUGAAUGAACAGGCACAAUUCCUCAGGAGUCCAUGGGAUCUGUGGACACAGAUUAUUAUAGUUCUUCCACAGCUCUUGUUUUUUUUAAAGUGUUUGCUCAGGAGAAUGACCUUGUGGCUUGCACCCAGAACCUUCUUCACAUGUUGCAAAGAUGGGAUGAAUUGAUCAUAUACUUGGGAAAUGAUUGUCUUUUUUUCAGUCUUUGCACUCCUUUAGAAAUGAUGCAUGCAAUAUAUGCUGAAUGUCUGAAAACUCCAGAUGUUAUAGCUAAUGCCAAUAUAGUCUUAAAAGAUUCUUAAAAGUUUACAUAGCAUUCAUU